UCUGGACACUGGACAUUUGGGCCACUUUCCAUGCCUUCUCCGUGGCUCCCUGCCACGGCCAUAAAUAUGCACCAUAUAGUGAGCACCCGGGGGACUUUCUAGGUUCACGUCUUGCUUAGUGGUCCGAGUGAAAUCCAGCCCUUUUCCCAUGAACAAUGGCUUCUUUCCUGUCGAUACAUCUUUUCUUCACUCAUACUCUCGUUAUAUUCCCUAGACACUCACACACGGGUGAGGAGUGCUGAGUGAAAAGCAGGAACUGUUGUAUAGUUCUGUAAGUUCUCUGUUUCAACCAUGAACAGAAAGGAGCUGAUCGUGCACGGCCUUUUGAUUCUUGGAUGGUUCAUAGCCUCUGCGGCCGGCGUUGCACAAGAGGAGAAGGCGGAGUCGGUGACGCCGAUCCCGAUGCUGUCUCCACCGGAAGGCAACAUGACGUUCAUCGACGGCGUGACGUGGUGCGUGGCCCGGCCGGGCGCCCCCCAGGAGGACCUCCAGAACGCGCUGGACUGGGCGUGCGGCCCCGGCGGCGCCGACUGCUCCCAGCUGCAGCCCGGCGGCCGGUGCUACCAGCCGGACACGCUCCUCACCCACGCCUCCUACGCCUUCAACAUCUUCUACCAGCAGAACGGCAACUCCGACAUCGCCUGCAACUUCGGCGGCGCCGGAGCCAUCGUCAAGCGGGACCCGAGUUUCGGCUCAUGCAAGUUCCUGGCAUCUGAGACUUCUGCUGCUUUCUCACCGACGUUGGGAAGGGCGUGGAUGGCCAUGGUCGCUGCAUCACUGAAUUUGAUCGCGCUUCGGCUGAGAGUUUAGAAAUUCUCGCUUCUGUGAUCCUUCGUCUCAUCGAGCACUGGAUGCUACGGAAGAGCGUGAUGUAUUGAAGUGGCUUAGUUUUGUACUCCUGUAAGGAACGGUCCUAUUUUUAUUUUAUUUUUGGGAAAAUUGAUUAUAUGUCCAAAAGUUGAUCGUCCCAAGUUGAUCAUCAUUUAUCAUAUAUCUCACAUAAACUAUUUUGUUACAAAAUUUCGUAUUAGACAAGAAAGGUUGAAGGCUAAAUUUUGUUACAUAUAUAAUCAAAUGAUGAUCAACUUCGGAUAUAUUAUCAUAAAAGUUGAUCAACUUUGGAAUAUAUAAUCAAAUUUUCCUUUUUUUCGUGUAAAUUUCGUCGAAGAGUAUCAGC